GUCCCUUACUUUACAUGCAUUCGGUUGUAAUUAACUCAUUUGCAGAAUGAAAACAUAGAUAAUGAUUGUAAACAUUAGCAUGGGGUUUUAUCUGAUAAGCCAAUCAGCAAAGGCUUCUGGAUACCCCGCCCAGAUGUGUGGAGUUUUCAAGCUAUAAGUUUAAGGCACGCGUGCUGACCUACGCAACAAUUACAUUAGAUUUUGGUGCUCAGAGCAUUAUCCUAAUUUAAACGAGCCAUUCAGUUCAGGAUGCACUAUCAUGGGAAAGCAUUGGAGGAGCUUCUGGUUUCUGCUAAAAGUCAGGAAUGCCUUACUGUCGGGGUCUACGAGUCUGCAAAACUAAUGAAUGUUUAUCCAGACUGCGUGGCUUUCUGUGUUCUAGCCACUGAUGAGGAGUAUGAAUGCGACAUUGCCCUGCAGAUCCACUUCACCUUAAUCCAGGCGUUCUGCUUUGAUAACGGCAUCGACAUCGUGAGAGUGAAUGACACCCAGCGACUGGCUGAGAUUCUGGGCAAUACUGAUGAGUCUGGCGAACCUAAAGAUGUGCAUUGCAUUCUCGUCGCGAAUCCAAGUGCAGAUACUUUUGAAGAUCCUGCUCUGGAAAAGCUGAGUUUGUUCUGUGAGGAGUGUCACAGCUUCAAUGAAUGGGUACCUGCUAUCACACUUCCUGAGUGUUGAAUUGAGACACACCAACCCCUAUUGGAGAUGCGUAAACAUGGUUUAAUAGAAUGAAAGACAUGGGUGACCCAUCAAAUUACUGACAUCUGUGGAUUAUCCUGUUGAGGAAUCAGACGAGGAAUCACGCAGCCCCGCACAGGCGUGCUGAAGGUCUUUGGGACACUGACGAUUGUUGCCAAGAUGCCCCCACUUUCCAUAUGCAGUGGGGGCUUGGGUUACCAUGGAAACGAGUGGGGGAGUACAGCAUUCUAUGGGCUCUACGUGGAAACUUGUCAGAGGGAUGAAUCUUUUGCAAAAGUAAUGUUUAUGAACUCUUUGCUUACAUUGACAAAAACGAUGUAAAUACAACGAAUUGAUUAACUGAACUGACAAAA